ACUGAGUUACUACUAUCUACUGCCUGCCUCUCGCCACGCUCUCCAUCUCGCCGGCGUCUCGUGGAUCAUUUGACAAUCUUUCAAAGAAGCCGAACAUCUUCCCAUAAAAUGCCUCUCUUUCUACAGGGACUGUUCGGAUCUCGCCGUUCUGAUCAACAUCCCAAGUCAUCGUCCUCUCUCACAGACCGAUUGCCGUUGGCAGAACCGAAACGAUCCCUCCUCAACGCGCCGCCUCAGACUGUCGGUGGUCCUGCAGAUGUAACCACCAGCGAUCGGCUAGGCUCUCCACGAUCAGAGAAGAGAUCACGCCCAUCCAAUUCGCCGGAGUCGGAUGAUCUUCGUGAACCAAAGGAAGAGGGCUUUCUCUGGCAAAGCAUCGACCCCCCGGCGGAGCUCAUGCACAGUGCACUAGGCCCGGCACGCUCGAACCACCAGCAAAAGAACUCCACGGCUUCGGACCAGAGCCUGGAUGAACCAGCGAGUCCGACCAGCCUGCCAGGAUAUAGCGACGUGAGUGGCGCCGUGGUGGUGGAUUGGAACGGGCUGCCUCGCUUCCUUGAUCCCCAGGAAGAGCAAGAACGCAAGGAGGCCCUGCAGCGAGCAGUCCGGGAGAGGAUGCUGGGUCUUCCACGAACUACAGAAUUCAACUGGGCGCAACCAUGUCACGGCGACCAUCUACCUGAAUAUUCGGCCGGGAGACACGGGAGCGCGUCCACCUCAUGAAACACCUGACACCUACCAAACCUCAACGGCCGUCCAUCUCUUCUGCGAAACUUCCUUACCAUCUGUAUACCAUCCAAAGAUACCCAUCGUUUUAUUCCAUUAUGUCUACGCCGCCGCCGCCACCGCCGCGCGCACCCUCUAAUUUCUCCACCACGCAGUCGGAUCCGGCAGGGAAACGGUCUUGCCUAAAGUG